UACUCCAUACAGCAAACAUUGUAUUUUCCUUUCUAUCUUAAUGGCUUUGCCCAUUUUUUCUUCUCUCUUUAACAAAAUCCUUUUCCCCAAAAAUGGAUCAUUAUCUCAACCGAUAUGGAACUCCAAUUUCCAUCGCCCAACUCAAUGCAUGGCAACAUACGAAAGUUCAAAUGAUCAAAGUCAAACAGUUACUCGACCAUAUUUUAAAUUUCAACCUUCAAUUUGGACCUAUGAUUAUAUCCAGUCCUUGAGUAGUGAAUAUAAGAAGAAAUGUAUGCAGAGAAAUGUAGAGUGCUAAAGGAAGAAGUGAGAAUGAUGUUUAACAAAAUGGAAAAUGAGGUUGAUCAACUUGAGUUUAUUGAUGUAUUGCAAAGACUUGGAGUCGAUUAUCAUUUCAACAAUGAAAUAAGGAACAUGUUGGACAAUAUUUACAACUCACAAACAUCCAACUUGAAGAAUAAUAACUUACAUGUCACAGCACUCAAGUUUAGACUCUUAAGACAACAUGGUUAUGAUAUAUCUUCAGAUGUUUUUGUUUGCUUUCAAGAUGAAAUGUGGGGUCUGAAGAAAGACCAACUAAAUGAUGUUGAGGGAAUGUUGUCAUUGUAUGAAGCCUCAUUUCAUUCAUUUGAAGAUGAAACUAUAUUAGAUGAAGCAAGAGAUUUCACAACAAAGUUUCUCAAAGAGUAUUUGAACCAAAAUGAAAAUAAAUAUAUUUCACUUCAAAUAAGCCAUGCUUUGGAACUUCCACUACAUUGGAGAAUUCCUCGAUCUGAGGCUCAAUGGUUCAUCGGUGUUUAUGAUAAAAAGGAAAACAUGAGUCCAUUUUUACUUCAAUUUGCUAAAUUGGAUUACAACAUUCUACAAAGCAUCUAUCAAGAAGAACUAAAGUAUUCAUCGAGAUGGUGGAAAAAAAGUAAAGUUGGAGAUAAGUUGAGCUUUACUAGGGACAGAAUUGUUGAGAAUUAUGUUUGGACAGUGGGAACAAACUUCAAACCGGAUUUUUAUUAUUUUCGAAAAGUUAUGACAAAGGUCAAUGCCUUAAUUACCACAAUUGAUGAUGUAUAUGAUGUAUAUGGCACCUUGGAAGAAUUAGAACUUUUCACAGAAGCAAUUAACAGAUGGGAUCUAUAUGCCAUGGAUUCUCUCCCAUACUACAUGAAAAUAUGCUUUUAUACACUCUAUAACUUUGUGAACGAGCUUGGUUUGGAUGCCAUGAAAAACAAUGGGUAUCAUAUCACUCGAUACCUUAAGAAAUCAUGGGCAGAUAUAUGUAAAACAUAUUUGGUUGAAGCAAAGUGGUACAAUAGUGGAUACAAGCCAAGCCUUGAAGAAUACAUAGAUAAUGCAUGGAUAUCCAUAAGUGCACCGGUUAUACUUAUCCAUGCUUACUUUUUGAUUCCACAUUCAUUCAAACAAGAAGAUUUGGUUUGUUUAGAACAAAAUCCCAACAUAAUUCGGUAUUCGUCAUUGAUUUUACGCCUUGCUAAUGAUCUCGGGACCUCUAAACGUGAAAGUGAGACUGGUGAUAUUCCAAAGUCAAUUCAAUGCUACAUGAAUGAAACUGGUGCUUCUGAAACCGAGGCUCGUGAGCAUGUAAAGUCAGUGAUAUUUACUGUUUGGAAAAAGAUGAACAAAGAAGCUCACACUUCAUCCUUUUCAAAAAAUUUCAUAGAUACUGGUAUAAACCUUGGAAGAAUGGCAUUGUGCAUGUACUUGCAUGGAGAUGGCCAUACCAUUCAAGAUCCAGAUAUAAAUAAUCGUAUAAUGUCAUUAAUUUUUCAAUCUGCUCCUAUCAUAACUUCACAACAUAUCUUAAAUAGAGGAUUAAGAAGCAAUGAUCAGUUUGAAAGGGAAUCUAACGCAACUGAACUGGUUAAGGAUAACGAGUAUGUUACAAAUAACCAAGAACUACUGGAUGGUGAUCAUAGAAUUUAGCAUAUAUGGAGGACUAAGGAGGGGAAGAUGAGAAAUAGAAUAAUGAAAUGUAUAAAUCCAAUUGGCUUCUCUCUACCCCGUUUUCUUUUUCUUAUAGCAUUUGUACUUUUCGUUCCAAGAAAUGGAUUCAUUCCAUAAUUAGUUUCUCAUAAAUAAAAAUUGUACUCAACAUGGCCGGUGUUUCAUUGAAUUCAAUAAAUGAUUAUGAGGUUAUUCAUUAA